AUGGAGGGGUCGUCAUCAUCACCCUGUCGAAAGCUGUUGCCUCUUGCAUGCCGGUUCAUUCAACGCGACCAAUGGCUCAUUGCCCAUCUUGACCCUCAGUGGAAAGUCAAAGACGUCAAGCGGUACUUGCUGGCUAAAUGCGUCGGAUUACCGUUUAUUCCACCUAUUCUUCCUGCCAAGUCUGCGGCUCUUGAUGGUACAGACAACGGUGGAGAAGGGGGACGGCCAUCUUCUCCAAUUACAUUUGCGCCUGAUCCUCGCUUCAGACCUAUCAGUCCCAUCCAGUUUGCUUCGACAAGCCUCCCAAAGGGAUCUGUAGAAGCGAAGUCAAUCACGGAGCCUGGUGGGGAUGAUGGUGGGGAGGGAUACGAAGAGGACGAUGAGUGGGAUGAUGACGAUGAUGAUCUCUUUGAUGAUGAGGGCAGCCAUGAAGGCGGUGGUGGCCUGGUUAAAUUGGGUUCAUCGACGACAGCGAUUGGGACCUCGAUCCCAUCAGCAAACCCACGACGGUUUGGCCACGUUAAGAGCUCAGGAAGUAUAUCCUCUCUUGGAGUAUUGGAUAGGGAGCGUAGGGGAGCUUCUUCCGCGUCCCCCAACAAACCGCCGUCACCGUUGGGCUUAAACAGCACAACCCACGAGAACUAUACACUAUUACGAUUUACGACCGGACAAAUCCUUGAAGACGACUUUCAUAUAUCGUGGUACGAGCUUGCACCUCACGAAUUGCUCGAAUUACAUGCCUCUGGCGCUGCUCAAACCUCUUUCAAAACAUGCUUUGAAAAUGCAUUGAUACUUUCUCCCCCUCCAACGUCUUUUAAAUCCCAUCAACAAUCACAAACGCGGAUUUUAAUCCCAAUGCCCCGUCACGUUUCAUUGAAAUACAUCCAACCUUACUGGGAAGGCUGGGUUCGUGCCCUUCGUGUGGUCUACAAAGAUGAAUUUGAUUAUGUUUCUGGGGCAUAUCACUCUAAGCAUGGGACGUCCUCUGCCAGUAUGCUGGGCUCGAUGGCAGUCGCUGGGACCGUUGAGAUAGGGAGCGUGACAGGGGAGAGAAAUCAUAAGGAAAUUGGCGACGUGAGAAAGAGGCGCAAGACAAGAUUAGAGUGGAGGGAGAGGUGGGUCGUCAUCAGGGAUGGAAUUGUGAGCCUUUCCAGAGACCGUCAGGACCCAACACCCACCCACCGCAUGCCACUCUCUUCCCUCACUCAGCUACGUGGAGCUGAGCACCUUGCGCGCUCAGCGCGGACCAACCCAUCGUCGAAAAGUCAUGGACACCCUCACAGUAAACAUGUGCGACCUUCAAGUGCAGUUAAUGCGGAUCGUGAGGGCCGCAAGGAAGGUCUGCGUCCUCAUGACAAGCCAGCAAAGUGGGAUGAUCUGGCACGGAAAAACGGUGAAAGUAGUUCAAAGCCAUUUUCAUUUGCACCUUCUCCACCAUCCUCGCCACGGGAAGACGCUCGCUUUCACCGGCACGGCAAUUCUAUUGCCCACGGACAUGGGGAUCCAUGGAGUAGAUUUCCUGCAGAAGCUUCAUCGUCUUUCCCUGGGGAAAGUUAUGUUUUGAGGGUUCGAGGUGGGCCUGAUAAGAGGUUCGACAGGAGCUAUAUCCCUUUUUCUCACGAAGAGGCGGAAAGUGCGGGAAUGAGGGUCGUUUGUGCUAGGUUUCGUACCAUCAAAGGAUCUAGCAAGGUCAGUCAAGAACCUGCCCCCAGGAAAGAGAAAGGGACCGAAGGAAAGCAAUAUACAAGCACUGGCCCUAGUCUGGCAAUGCUUGCGGGCGGUGUUGGGGGAAGCACGGGUGGGGGACCCGGAGUUGCGAUGGUGGCCAUUGCGACUGUAGGACUAGGAGGAGAGAAGGGAGGUUCAGUCCAACCCGGUAGGAAGGACGUGCGAGACAGAGAGAAGGAGAAACAGCGGGAAAAGAGGCGAGAAGCGGAGAAAGUAAAAGCCAAAUCCAAGCACAAGGAACAUGAACUAGGCUUGUUCGACGAGCUUCGUGGUCAAUACGCGCGUAAAUCAAGCCUUCCUGCUCUCGGUCUUGGUUUCAUGUCAUCUCCCGCGGCUUCCACUGCGAAUUUCAAUGCGGGAUCGAGUGCUCACCCCACUGGCAAAAGUGGGCUUGUGAGUGGCUUUUUUGGCUCGCCAAAAGAGAAGAAAGACAAAGGCAAGGCAAGGAAGGAAGAUGAUGAAGUUGGUUUGAGCUGGCAACCAAGCAAGACGGAGAGGGAAGAGCAAGAGAGGGAGGGGAGGGACCAAAGCUUUUCACGUGGAACUGGUACAGGACAGACGUGGAAGCCAAGUGACAGAGGACAAGGUCUUUCAACUGAUUUUACCACGUCUGUUGUUGAACCUGCCCAUAGUGAUGGAGGCAACUCCGAUGUUGUGGAGGAGGAUACGGUUUUGGACGUCACCCAGCAUCAACCGCAAUAUGAUGUUAGUCGCUUGGAAGCAAAUCUCGAGGAAGAAGACCGAGGGAUGGGUUCCUCUCAAGCUAGCUCAGACGAUGAACCUGCUGGAGACUCAGAAAAUAAUUAUCUAUCUCCGCUCAAUCGUGGAACUUCACUUCCUCCUAUCACCAUACCAGGUUCAGAAGUACUUAGUGGAAGUCUUGAGCCAGAUGCACACGGAGGUUUAGACACGGCCGAGUCUUCGGCGUUGUCAUCUCCUGUGUUUGCUCACAGUACUUGUUCAGGCAGCGAGUCAGAUCUUAGCUUAGGGCUGGGGAGGGCUGGGAAAGAUAGACCCAGCUAUCGUUAUGGGUAUCGUCAUGAUCGCGUUGGGAAGGUGGAUUUGCAUGGGGAAGAGAGAGGGGAGAAAUCAGGACCCCUACCAAACCCAACCGAGCGGGAGGGAGAAGGCGGAGAUCAACUACAGCCAAAGGAGGAACCAUUCGAUCGGGCAAAACCAGACAAAGGGAAGGAGAGAGAUAGGGCACACAACUAUGAACGCCGGAAGGACGACGAGCAUGGAGAAUGGAUUAUCCUGGAUCUAGGCAAUGAGCAAGACGGCUUUUCAACCUCAGCCUACACGAGCAUCCUUCGUAUAUUUCAUCGCCAUUUGAGUGUUCCCUCCUCUUCCUCCUUCACCCCUUCUGUCCCUGUUAUACCAUUUGAAAGACCGACUAGUCCUGGCCGUCCCUUGGGAGGCCACCCUCCGUUCUGGUCUUCAACCACGCUCGCGUCCCAAAAGGAAGUCGAUGAGGAAAUUUCUCCCACAACCCGCAAACGCGCCACCUCGGAUGCUGGGUUGGCAUCUGGUUCACAUAGAGCUUUCGGCCAGGAGUCUGAUGCAGACGACGAUGGCGAUUAUUUUGCAAGCUCUCCCUUCCGUAUCACUAAAUCAAAGUCAAGACAUCCUACCAUUCUUGCCUCCCUUGGCGUUGGUAAUACUACAAAUCGUCGAGGGCCCUUCGAACCCUUACCAUACCCAGAGUGGAGGCUAGAAGUCGUGGAGCGGGCUCAAGCGGCUGGGAUGGGUGAAAGAGGACGUCCGUUGGAUUUGAUUCUUUUUGGUAAUCGGCCAUCGUUUCAAAUGGAUGAGUCGAAGAGACAGAAGAGCUUGAAAAGUUAUGACUCUAGGUCGCGCAGGUCAACAGUAACAACCUUAUCUAUGCGAAGGCCAUCGCAUGUCAACGACGGGGAAACAAUCCGUAGUGACAGCGACAAAAAAGAGGGCAGUGUCAAUGAUGGCAGUGAUGAUAUCAUCCAAGUCAGCGAUAGCGAGGAGGAAAUGAGUGAAGUAGAAUGGCGGGGAUGGAUGGGUGACCUUCAUCGGCAAAACGUAGUCCGUGCACAACGUGACGAAACGGCGAUUUUGGAAGCCCAAGUAUCAUCCAAGGCAAGAGAGAGCGAUGAUUCGGACGAUCCACCAAUUAACCCGGAAGCUGAGCGUCGGAAAUUUUGGCGACGGAAAAAGGAUAUGGAGCCAUGUGGUGUCAUUACCUCUCUCUACACAAGUACCGCUCUUCCCGGUUUCGUGGCUACAUCGCAUGAACAUCAUCAGCAAUUACACCACCAGCAACACCUGAGAAGACAACGCUCAUCACGUCCUGCGACUACGACAACCUUAUCAUCGCCGUCUUCCAAUGAAUCCCUUGCCGUCCAUCGCCGUGGUGCCCUCAGCUUUGGGUUCUCGCCUGUUGACAUUUCUUCAGCUUCAACAUCACCUCCUUCGAGCCUCUCGCACCAUGGCCAUUCUCACUCACAAUCGCAAACUUUCUUGGGACAUCACCGGUAUACUGGACACUCUUCCCUUCACCACUCGACAUCCAUGUAUGCAGGCCUUAGGAACGAUCCCCGUCUGGUUCAGGAACCGCCUCCUCGUCGUCCAAGCAUGCCGACCCUCACAGCCGAGCAAAACGUCGGUUUAUUGACGAGUAGUGAGCCUCUUCGUAUGCCUGGUGGGAAACGGGAACAAGGAUUUGUGAUCACCGAACGCACUACCGCAUUGGCUACGUCGGAGACAACCUCUCCUUUCCAGUUCAACAGCGUUACCAUCCAAACCCCCCAUUUGGCCAUGGUUCCGUCCUCACCCACUGCAUCAUCUUCAAAUAUACCAGUUUUAGUAUCAGGAGAGCAAGAGGAUAUACCCCCCUCCUCUAGCUCCACGCCAGCUACAACUCCACGACGAGUAAGCUCGGCUGGAUUGGCUGGACCUCUGGCUGGAGGAUCAAUAAGUCGUUCAACAAGCGUACUUUCGAAAGGAGGAGGUCUGUUACGGAAGAAGGAGAGCGAUCUCGGCAAGGACGCGGACAGAGCGAGAAAGGCAAAAGAGAAGCAAGACAAGGCUCGAGAAAAGGAGGAGCGAGCCAAGGAGAAAGAGCGCGCGAAGGAGAUGGAGAAAGAACACAAAGCCAGACAGGACGCGUCUGGAAGGAAACUGCAGCGCCCAAAGUUGUCGCUUGCGACGUCGUCGUCUCGUCAAAAUCUUACUUCCUCAGAAGCUCAUUCCCCGCAGGUGAGGAGUCCGACGAUGGCGGCUGCCAAGCAGAUCCUGCGACGCGUUAAAUCUGGCUCGAGUUUGAAGUCUGUGAAUGAAGCUGCGUCGCCCGUGGUGGGUCCGUCGAUAUCGUCCUCUAAGAAGAAGAAGCCUGGUGCUUUGGAAAGGAUUGUCAGGGGUUUAGAUUCUGCUCUCGAUUUUAGUAGUGAUUCUCGCAAGUAG